CCCUGCGGCCCGCCAUCGACGUUCCGGGCCUCUGGGCCGCGCGCCCGCCCGAGGGCUGCGGGUGCGGCCGCCAUGUGUAGACCUUAAAGCGCCUAUAGUCUUGAAGCGCUUUGACAUCUCCGAAGGGCUUUGUAUUGCAAACUAAACCGAAGCGCUUUGUAGUCCCCGAAGCUCUUUGACAUCUCCGAAGUAGCGCUGUGCAGACUGAAGCGUUUGGUAAUCGCGGAAACACGUUGUGGGCUUGGAAACCGAUCCGAAGCCUUUAGUAGAUCUUGCAGCAUUUGACUUCCCCGAAGCGCUUUGGCAUCUCUGAAACCUAGAGAACUGUGAUGGGCAGUGGAAAGAAGGGGGAAAGGUGCCCAUGGCGUCGGAGCGGCGCAAGGUCAAGUACCACUGGAGCAGCACUUCGGAAGGGAGUUCCCGCAAGCGCAGCUGCCUCCGGGAGACCAGUGAUGUGGCCCCCUCCAGACGGUCAGCUCGUAGCUCUUCGUCGCUUUCGGGAGGGGCCAGAAGUCCCAAGCGCCUGAAAGCCCACAGGGAGGACGAUGUGGCCUGCUCACCGAGGUUGCCCUGGGACUCAGCCCACCGCAGAAAUUCCUCCUCCUCUUCCUCCUCCCAUUCCUCUGGCCCAGGUGUGGACGGGGCUGCCUCCAAAGGCUGCCUGAUUCGGAGCACACGGGGUUUCCUUUCGUCAGGGGGAUCCCCUCUGCGCCCGGCCAACUCCUCGCUAGAAGAAAUGGCUUCUCUUGAAGAGGAAACCUAUAGCCUUAAGGUUAAUUCCAAAGAUAGUUCUUGUAAUUCCGCGAACUCUGAGUUUGCAGCUGAAGCUGAGGGUCAGAAUGACACAAUUGAGGAACCAAACAAGGUUCAGAAAAAGAAGAGGGAUAGACUUCAAGACCAGGGCUCCACAAUGAUCUACCUGAAGGCUAUCCAGGGCAUUCUGGGAAAGUCAAUGCCAAAAAGGAAGGGAGAGACUGCAACUAGGGCAAAACCAAACACAGGAGAGCAUCCCAGCCGUGGAGAAGGACCAGCCAGGAGUGUCACUGUGUCUGCUCCUCAGAAAGAGAAGGAGUCAGCCCCAGAGGUCAGAGUGAAAGAGGAAAAAAAGGCCGUGCUGGAGAGGAGCGGCUUCUGUGAGCGGAGAGUGGUGAUAGACCCUCAGGAGGAACCCAGCGAAGAGCCACUUGGUGAUCGAAGGACAGUUAUUGACAAGCACUCUCCAUCCCUAGAGUUUUUGGAUGACUCUGACUCUAAUUUAGAAAGCCAAAAGCCUAAAGAAAGGGAGGUGGUGAUAGAACACACCUCUUCAGGAAGUGACUGGUCUGAUGUGGAUGAGGUCUCCACAGUCAGAUUCUCUCAGGAGGAGCCCAUUUCGCUGAAACUCUCAGCAGUUCCAGAGCCUUCUGCCUUUCCUACUGACUAUGUCAUGUACCCGGCUCACUUGUACAGUAGUCCUUGGUGUGACUAUGCCAGCUAUUGGACCAACAGUCGCAAGCCUUCUAGCUACCCCUCCAUGGGCAGCAGCAGCAGUGACACGUUGCAGGCUGGGAGGAGCAGCCGGGGCCUCCUGAGUGAUUAUUCCCCCAACUCUACAUUGAACUCUCAAAACACCUCCAGAGAUCUGGAGGUAACAGAGGAAGGCAGAUCCCAGAAUUCUCGCUCAUUUCAUUUCUCCAGAAGCAUAGAAGAGCAGGUGAAGGAGAAAAGAACAUUCCAGGAGGAGGCACCACCCCGUUCUUGUGAAGGACGUGCAUCUAGCUCUCUGCCAAGAAGCCAUCUGGAGCGAAACCUAGAGGAGGGUUUCAUCGAUACCCAUUGUCACUUGGAUAUGCUCUAUUCCAAGUUGUCUUUCAAAGGGACCUUUAGCAAGUUCAGAAAAAUUUAUAGCAGCUCCUUCCCUAAGGAAUUUCAGGGCUGCAUCUCUGACUUCUGUGAUCCCAGGACACUGACAGAUUGCCUAUGGGAGGAUUUGUUGAAAGAGGAUCUGGUUUGGGGGGCCUUUGGUUGUCACCCUCAUUUUGCACGUUACUACAGUGAGAGUCAAGAAAGAAAUCUUUUGCAAGCCUUAAGGCAUCCCAAGGCUGUGGCAUUUGGGGAAAUGGGCUUGGAUUACUCUUAUAAAUGCACCACGCCUGUUCCAGAACAGCACAAGGUAUUUGAGAGACAGCUGCAGUUGGCCGUGUCUUUAAAGAAGCCCUUGGUGAUUCACUGCCGAGAAGCUGACGAAGAUCUACUGCGCAUCAUGAAAAAAUUUGUGCCCUCGGACUACAAGAUCCAUAGGCAUUGCUUCACUGGCAGCUACCCGGUCAUCGAGCCCCUGUUGAAGCACUUUCCCAACAUGUCUGUGGGUUUCACGGCAGUCCUGACAUACUCCUCUGCCUGGGAGGCCCGGGAAGCUGCGAGACAGAUUCCGCUGGAGAGAAUCAUCGUGGAAACUGAUGCCCCCUACUUCCUGCCUCGACAGGUUCCCAAAAACCUUUGCCAAUAUGCCCACCCGGGCCUGGCCUUGCAUACAGUUCGAGAGAUUGCCAGGGUCAAAGAUCAGCCACUCUCCCGCACCUUGGCUACCUUGCGUGAGAACACCAGUCGCCUCUACAAUCUUUAAGCAGAGAGGGUGCAGGAGCCUUCUAUAAAAGGACGACAUGACCAGUGACAUAACAGAACAUAGGCUGGGUUUCAUCUCUGCCUGGGUCCCAGGACAAGGGUGUGUUUGGAGAGCCCAUUGGAAUGGAGAAAAACCAGGACAGGAAAUAGGAUGUUUUCCUUGAAACGUUGUCAUAAGGCUUUUGCUCCUGGCUGGUGGGCGGGUGGGGGUUUGCCUCCCAGCCACAUGCUCCACAGCAGUCAGGGAAGAAGAAAGGCUGGUAGAAAGGUGAAAUAAGUUUGCCAAUCCAAAUCCCUGUUUUCUGCAGCCUGUGUUUUUUUGAGCAGUCUGUGAAUAAAGUCACCCUCCUACGCGUCUAAGCCCAUGUCACUGUGUAACUUGGUUCCUGGUCCUCAGUUCUAAGAAUGAACUUUCAGUGGGAAAUCUCCUGUGGGGAUCUUUGCUGGAGAUCUGUGAAGUUAUUUCCCUCCCUUCCCUGGAUAACUUCAGUUUAGCUGUCGCUGUUGCUGUGUCAACUCUGCAUUGGCACAGAUGGAAGGACCUCGACUGCUGGUUUCACUGGUUCCAUUGCCAUCUGUACAGAGUGGGCAGAAGGGCACUCAUUGUCCAGGGAGAGUCCUGGCUGAUGGAGAUCUUAACAGAUUGGGGAACUCAAGGAAGAGGCCUUCUUGAGGAAAAGGACCCUAAAGAAAGUGUUUCUACGUACUGAUGCCCCCAGGGCUGCAACUCGGCUGCGUUAAACUGAUGGAGGAUCCAGUUUGUAGCAGAAGCUACCUGCUAGUCUACUGUCAAGGUCCCAGCCACACUCUGUUAACAUUUUUGCCCUUUUUCCCUGGAACAGUGGACCAGAAAUACUCAUUCUGUUUCAUUGUAUAUGACAGCCUCUUGUGUGCCCCUUUCAGGUUGAGAGGUAAAUCAGUUUAAUUCUCCAAAGCUCUGCUGGGGUCACUCAGUCAUGUUCUAUUGCCUUUGCAGAACAAGCAGGCCUGGUGUGUAUAAAUCUCUCAGUCCCCCUCCUGGCGGUCUCCUUUGCCUCUGCCUCUGCUUCCUCUAUGCCCUUUCUCUGUGUUGGAAGUGAGAGCCUCUCCUUUGACUUUUGAGCAGCUGGGUCAUCUCAGGUUUUGAGCUGUGUUCUGCUCCCUGUUGGUGCCUUGUAAAGGUAUAUUCAUUACAGGCCCUGGAAGGUUAUAAUGGUCAAGGGGAAAAUGUGAGGGCACUGCACUUUGUCCAAAAAGGAUCCUUUACCCCAAUCUGCAGUGAGAUAGGCCACCAGAUUCCUUGUGUGUUUUUUGAAAGCCAGUAGCUGAAAUUGUAAAAUCCAUUACUUAAUGCUGGAUUUCUCUGGGUCAUUUUGAGCCUUGUAAGUUAAAAGGAAAUGGACUUAACAUUUUUCCUAUAUGGUAUUUUUGUUUUGCCUCUGUAUACAAGUUGCUGGCCUGAGAAGUGGGCCUUGAUUCCCUGUUGACCUUCCAUGGAUUAGCUGUGUGUUGUGUGUGCCUCAUGUUUGCCAAUGUGGGGAAUAGGGGGCUUGUUCUCCUGUUUGGAAUGUUUGGGGAACUGCUAAAUAUUUCAGAGUGCUUCAUUGUCACCCAGAUGAACUGCAGCAUAUCCAUGUCCUUCAUAAGCCCUAUAUGUCAAUACUGCCUACAUGGGAAACCAACUAGUCCUGCUUUAGAGGGUUAAAAGUGAUGACUAAAUGGAUAUCUCAGCCUAUGCAGUCUUCCUGCCAAGGUAAAGCAUAAGGUGCUAUAUACUUUUAUCUCCAGGAUUUAGAAUUAUCAUUUCUGUGCUGUGGGCGUGAAAGCUGGUUGGCAAUGUUUUUGAUUUUGGAUGGCUGACUUGAUUAUUUUUGCUGUGCUGCUGGAAUGCCUCUGUAUUACCCCUACCCCUGACCAUCAGUUCUAAAAAUAAAGGGAUGGAUUCUCAGCCAA